AAAAACAACACAGAUCGGCGAGGAAAGGAGGGCAGCUUUAGAAGGGGAUAGGGGCACCCAGAUUCCCUGGAUCCCCCCCUUUUUUUUUAUUGCUUUUGUAUAAGGUUUUCCCUUUCCAACUUCAGCUACAGUGAUAGCUAAGUUUGGAAAGAAAAAAUAGGGUGUUAAAGAUUUUUCUGUUUAUUUUGUUUUUAUUUUCUUAUAAAAAAAAUUUUUUUUAAAAGCGAUUAUUUUAUAGUACGAAAUUCGUUUUUCCAGAAAAUAGGCUGCCGGAAAUCAUGGGGAAAACUGGCGAUCAGGAAAAGGCAGGAUGUUGCAGUUCCCUUGCAACCUACUUGACAUCUGCCAAAUUUCUCAUGUACCUUAGCCACUCUCUGUCCACCUGGGGAGAUCGUAUGUGGCAUUUUGCAGUUUCUCUUUUUCUUGUUGAACUCUAUGGGAACAGCCUUCUUCUGACUGCAGUCUAUGGGUUAGUGGUGGCAGGCUCUGUCCUUCUCCUUGGAGCUGUAAUUGGUGACUGGGUAGACAAAAACCCAAGGCUUAAAGUGGCUCAGACAUCACUUAUUGUCCAGAAUGCCUCGGUUAUUGUAUGUGGAAUUAUUUUGAUGGUAGUUUUCCUUUACAAGACACAACUUGUGUCAAUGUACCAAGGAUGGCUUUUGACUUGUUGUUAUAUAUUAGUCAUCACCAUUGCAAACAUUGCUAAUCUGGCCAGCACAGCCACUGGUAUCACCAUUCAAAGGGACUGGAUUGUUGUGGUCGCAGGAGAUGACAGGAGCAGAUUAGCAGAUAUGAAUGCUACGAUAAGAAGAAUCGAUCAACUGACAAACAUAUUGGCUCCAUUGGCUGUAGGACAAAUAACGACCUUUGGUUCACCAGUCAUAGGCUGUGGAUUUAUAGCUGGAUGGAACAUGUUAUCAAUGUGUGUGGAAUACUUCCUUUUGUGGAAAGUGUACCAGAAAACACCAGCACUGGCUAUUAAAUCAGGAAAGAAAGAUGAUGAACAAGAAUUAAAGCAACUAAAUAUCCAAGUUAUAGACGCGAAUACAAAUAACAGUCAGAAGCCCACUGAAGACGCGCUGCUUAUGGGAGAGAAAGUUGUAGCUGUUGUGGAUACUAAAAAAGAACCAAGCUGUACUGAAAGAAUGGCAGAGCCAUUCCGAACCUUCCGGGAUGGAUGGGUGGCAUACUACAAUCAAUCUGUGUUUUGGGCUGGAAUGGGUCUGGCUUUUCUCUACAUGACGGUCCUCGGCUUUGACUGCAUCACAACUGGCUAUGCCUACACACAAGGUCUAAGUGGAUCAGUUCUCAGUAUUCUAAUGGGAGUUUCUGCUAUUUCUGGCAUCAUGGGAACCGUAGCCUUCACCUGGCUUAGAAAGAAAUGUGGUCUAAUUCGUACAGGCUUUAUUUCAGGAGUUGCCCAACUAAGUAGCCUUAUUCUCUGUGUGAUCUCAGUUUUCAUGCCUGGAAGUGCCUUGGAUCUAUCGGUUUCUCCAUUUGCAGACAUCAGCACUCGCUUCUUGGAGGGUGAGCCAUUGCCCACUAUGUCUCCUGUUCCUGAUGUGUACUUUACCACUGAUAUACAGAACCUUGGAAAUAACUCCACCUCCCAGUUUAGUGAUUCAGAAGCUGGUAUAUCACUGAUCUCUGUCAGUCUUUUGUUUGCCGGGGUCAUCGCAGCUAGAGUCGGCCUUUGGUCCUUUGACCUGACAGUUACACAGCUCCUUCAAGAAAAUGUAAUUGAAUCGGAAAGAGGCAUUAUAAAUGGGGUUCAGAACUCUAUGAAUUAUUUGCUGGACCUUCUGCAUUUCAUCAUGGUAAUCCUAGCCCCAAAUCCUGAGGCCUUCGGUUUGCUAGUGCUCAUUUCUGUGUCCUUUGUUGCUUUGGGUCAUAUUAUGUAUUUCCGAUACGCUCACCUAAAUCUAGGGAAGCAGGUGUUUGCUUGCUGCUCCCCUGAGCCCAAAACUGUGACGGGUGAUAAUCAGCCAGGUGAAGAGGCCUCUGUUGUUUAAAUAGUUCCUAACUGCAAUUAACGUACAGUACUCUGUGUUAAUUAGUGUAUGUUUAAAAGUGUUAUUCUGGAGUAGUUACAGUGUACAACAGUUAUUAGAAUGGAAAUAUCUAGAUAGUGAAACAAAACACUGCCUAUGACACUGAAAGAGUAACAAUUUUGAUUCAUAUAAAAGUUAUAUGCUUCACAUAUAUUUAGCCACUUUUUAGACCAACAUUCUAAGCCUGGACUUAUCCCUUGCAUUAAGCUUUCAGGGACCAGUAUAAUAUGAUGGCCGAUAAGAGUAGUACUAAAAUAUCAGACAACUUGAAAAUUUGACUGAGAUGGCCAACAUUUUUAAACAAAAGUCAUAUAUGUACACAUUCAGUGUAUGUAGUGGCUUUUUUUUUGCCAUGCACACUGCAUAUGCAUUGGGGUUUGAAACUGUUCGAGCUUCAAUGUCCAGAUUUUGAAUCUCCUUACAAAGAAUAGAUGUAUUUUCCUGUUUCAACACUGAGUGAUAUAAUUGUAAAUACAGUAACAUUUCAUUGGUCAGUUACAUCAUAUUGCCAAACACUGUUAUGCUGGCAUCUAUUUGUGAAAUUAAUCUGAUGCUAGCCAUACACUGAAUUUAAAGCCAUAGGCUGACAUUGGCUGCUCCAGGUCGAGUAUGCAUGAUAAUUGGCUUAAGUGUGGGCCUAAACUAUGGCUUAUCUCACAUACCUUUUUGGAGAUCAGGUAGACUGGUUUGAAAAUCCUUUUGGUUGAGGACCGCUUUGGGCUGUCGAUGCAGUUCUCUCCUGAUGGGUUUUCAUUGGCCCCUUUUUUAAAAUAAUUGUUGGCUCAGGAGCCAAGAGAGUGGCCCAAUUUUGAUACCCAGAUGGCAACCUCACCAGUGUUUACAGCCAACAUAACUGCGAAAGCUGGUUAUUUGUAAAGAAACAAAAGAUAUUGUGAAUGUAUUAUUUUUCUUCUUUGGUCAAAUGGUUUUUAAAAAACGUCCAGACUUGAAUCAUUACUGAAAUAUUAAACUAUGAGCACAUUCAACCUGGAUUCUCUGUGCCUACCUAAGAGUAAUCAACUGUUGUAAAAUUAGUUAUACAUAUAUAUAUAGGUAUAUACAGUAUAUUUAACACCAGCACUGCAGUUUGCUAGAAAUAAAUGCAAUUGUAUAUGACAGCUGACAGAUGCACAUUGUGCCAUAAAUUAUUUGCAAUAUCUGAUAAUAAGUGAGGUUGCUUUUAACCAAAUGAAGAAGCAGAUUAAUACUAUGAAGUUAAUAUGUAAGCUACAAUCAUUGUCUUUUAGUACGACAUUUUCUAACAAUGGAAAAUGGUUUUAAUGUUGUAUAACAUACAUUUGUAUCCAGGAGCAUGCAAGAGGCAGAUGAAAGCGCCAUGCAAUAAAUUUUUAUGCACUUUCUCUUAACCACAGUAAUGACUGUAUACACAAUUUUUACUGGUAACUUCUCGGAUGUAUUACUUGACAGUUCUCUGACUUUCUAUAAAAUUUAAUGUCAUCCAUUUUGCUAUACCAAAUAUUCAUAUUCCUUCUCUUUGUAAUAUUUAAUAAACAGUAAAUGCUGAAAACGAA